AUGGCCUCCUCUCACGACGCAAUCGGCGGCAGCUCGGACAUCGCUCAAGGAAACAGUGUCGACGUCAACCCACCGCCCGACAAUGGCGCCUCCAGGAAGAGCGUCCAUAUGAGCAUUGAUACGUACAUCUCAUCUGCCAAGCCUAUUUACCCCGAUGGCGACCUCUUUGUCAUUCUGCUCAGUCACCAAAAAUAA